AUGGGUCUUCUAGCCAACCUCCUACUCGCUUGCCUCCUAACCUCGUCCUUGAUCCAAAUCUCUAAGGCUCAAGGUGGCAUAUCCAUCUACUGGGGUAAAAAUGGCAGCGAUUAUUACGAUGAAAAAAGUCUAGCAGAAACUGGUGAAACUGGGUUGUAUUCUAUAGUAAACGUAGGCUCAGUUUCCCAAUUUGGCAAUGGCCUGGACAUAGAAAUCUACCUUAGUAAUCACUGCACCCCAGAUACAUUUAAUUAUUUCAACUUGUUCGGUGAUGAUACGGACUAUCUUGAUUAUCUUGCAAGAUACCUGAAGGGUUAUAGCGAACAAGGAGCAAAACCUAUCUAUUUAUCUAUAGCUCCUCAAUGUCCUUAUCCUGAUGAUUAUCUUGGGGAUGACAUUGGCACGGGGGUUUUUGACUACGUUUGGGUUCAGUUCUAUCAGACCUACCCAUAUUGCAAUGCUACAUGUGAGUAUAAUACUUAG